GGCGCCGUGCAGCUUCCGUCUAGCGGUGAAAGUUGUGAACUUCCUCCRUUUCCUCCGGUAGUUUUGUUUCAUCAGACACGAGAGUCCACUUCCAGCCGACGAGCAGAGCUUCACCCCGGCGUUUCAGAAAUAUGGGAGACCCUGUGACGGAGUACUCAGCCCGGUUCCAGCAGCAGGAACGGGAGAUCCAGAGUUUGUCGGCGGAGAUCGAGAGCCUGAAGAACCCGCAGAACCUCGGUCCAUCGCCGCGCCUGGACGAGCUGCGGGAGGAAAAUGCCAAACUGAAGUACCGCCUGAACGUCCUGAAGAGG